AUGGCAACCUCGUAUUUUUCAGAUCGGCUGAACAGCAGCGGGUCGACGCUGUCCCCGUCAACACCCGGCAACAGAUCCAAUGCUCUUCAGAAUCGAAUCACCAGUGUACUCUCGGCCUCGUAUGCGGAUCUCGAGAUUCGAGAUGCCUUGGCCCUUCWCGACGAGCGUGGGCUGCACAACUCGGCCGAGACGAGGAGAAAUCUCAGGCUUGACAUCCAGGAGGAGCUCAUACAAUGCAAUGGUGAGGUUGUGGAUGAUUUUGGCCAGGUUGCCGCACAGCUACAGCGGAUGGGGAACACCAUUGCAAGCCUCAAUAGCAGCUGUGCCGAGAUGAGAAAGCAUAUUGUGGCCGCGAACCGCGAGACCGGACCAAUGCUGGACGAAGCGAAGACAAUGACAUCUGAAAGACGACAGGUCGAAUCAAAGCAGCAGCUUCUUGAUGCUUUCAAUGCCCACUUCGUGAUGUCGGAUGCAGAUCUUGCUAAGCUGACCUCCACCGCCGAACCUGUCGAUGAUGACUUCUUCCGCAUCUUGACCCGAGUUAAGAGGAUACAUGGAGACAGCCAAAUUCUACUAGGCUCUGAGAACCAGCGUCUUGGUCUCGAGAUCUUAGAGCAGAGCUCCCGUCACUUGAAUGCUGCGUUCCAAAAGCUUUACAGAUGGAUUCAGCGCGAGUUCAAAUCUCUUGAUCUCGAAAAUCCUCAAAUCAGUGGUGGCAUUCGACGCGCCUUGAGAGUGCUCGCUGAGAGGCCGACUCUGUUCCAAAACUGUCUGGAUUUCUUCGCAGAAGCUAGAGAACGCAUCUUGUCGGGUACAUUCUACGCGGCUCUUACCGGCGGACCAGUAGACCCUCGUCAUCCUGUCUUGGGCAAGGCCAUUGAGCUAUCUGCGCAUGAUCCUCUGAGGUACAUAAGUGACAUGCUAGCAUGGGCUCACUCCGCCACCGUCUCUGAACGUGAGGCCCUGGAGGUUCUCUUCAUCUCAGAAGGAGAUGAAAUCGCCAAGAGUAUCCAGGCAGGCAUAGAGUCGGAACCGUGGAUGCGGUCGCAAGCAGACGGGGACGAUGGUGUAGAGCCGGUGUUUGAUGGUCGUAAAGCACUGAAUGAGCUUGUGGAUCGUGAUCUAUCUGGUGUGUUUCGUCAGCUCCGCCAGAGGGGAGAGCAAGUGGUGCAGAGCCAUGAGGAUGCAACUCUAUCCUACAAAAUCUCCAACCUGACGACAUUCUACACGGGCAUGUUUGCCAAUCUUCUAGGCGAWAAUUCGUCUCUCCUUGACAUGCUGCGACCUCUGGCUGAGACCGCACUGCGCGCUUUCCGCUCUACCAUGCGAGAUCAUGUAGCCAACCUCCAGACCGACUUCAGUAUCAGCCCUUCUGGAUCGGAUCUAAGUCCCCCGGACUUCCUCACGGAAGCACUUUCAACCCUGCAAGUGCUGAUGAAAAGCUACGACACGCACUCAACGGUCCAAUCAACUCGCGCAGAGCGUAUUGAGGGCUUCCAACCUAUUCUUCGCGAAGCCUUGGACCCGUUCCUCGCAGGCUGCGAAAACCUCACCAAGCGUCUACGCAGUCCUAGCAGUCACAUUUUCGCGCUGAACUGUCUCCAUGAAACCCAAUCAACUCUUCGUUCGUAUCCUUUUGCCGACAAGAGCGAAGAGUUGCAGCAACGCAUCAGAUCCCACGAGGCUGAGCUCAUUGAUUCUAUGCACAACUGGUUUCUCGCGAAAUCCGGGUUGAAAUAUCUGGUCGAUAAUGUCAGUGUCACCGAGGACCUGGCCUCGAGCUACAAAGAUCCGAGUCAGUUGGCCUCUAUUGCACAACAAUUGGACGCAUUCUUGCCGACUGCGACUGAAGAUGCGAGAGCUUUUAUCGGUGGGCUGAGUGAUAGAAUCAUGGUCCGACGAGUCAUUGAACAAGCGGCCGAACGGUUUGUCGAGGACUUUGAUGCCGUGGAGAAGCUAAUUGUCAGGGCCGAUGAGGUCAAGGGGAAGAUGGCCAACGGUGACGAAGAGCACGAGGAUGAAGUGCGUCUCUCAACUGUGUUCCCGCGUACCGGGGACGAGAUUAGAGUGCUUUUGAGCUAG